CCUUGUUUUGAUCAAACAUCACAUUAAGAAUCAGUUGAUCUAACAAUGAUUUGUGACAGCUGUUGUGUAAGAAGAGUUUCUCAGAGAGGUUAGGUUAUAAGAAGAAGCAAUGAUUGGGUUGUUUAAAGUAAAGGAGAAGCAAAGAGAACAAGCUCAGAACGCUAGUAGAGGAGGAGGAGGAGGAGCUUCUGUCAAGAAGCAAUCUGCUGGUGAACUUCGUCUUCACAAAGAUAUAUCAGAGCUGAACCUUCCGAGCUCUUGCACGAUAUCUUUUCCCAAUGUCAAAGAUGAUUUGAUGAACUUUGAAGUCUCCAUUAAACCUGACGAUGGUUACUACCAUAAUGGUACGUUUGCUUUCACGUUCCAAGUUUCUCCUGUGUAUCCACACGAAGCUCCUAAAGUUAAAUGCAAAACCAAGGUUUAUCAUCCCAAUAUUGAUUUGGAAGGAAACGUUUGCCUCAACAUCUUGCGUGAAGACUGGAAACCUGUUCUUAACAUUAACACUGUUAUCUAUGGACUCUUCCAUCUUUUCACGGAACCAAAGCUGUUUGAGACCAAUGUCCGCAAGGCCAUGACCGGUGGAUAUGUUGGUCAAACCUUUUUCCCUAGCUGUAUCUAACAAAAAGCUCUGGUUGGUCUUCUCCAAGCAAAAAAAAAAAAAAGAUAAGAACCUGAAACCACUUUAUCCUCCAUUGUAUUUCUCUUAUUUUCAAAGGACCUUUGUUUGUUUGCUUGCUGUUGUAAAAUUACAUCCUCCAUUUCCCUUAGAGACUGAAAGAAAAUGAAAACUCAAAAUUGUGGAUUUGGUUUGUUCGGUUUCAGUUUAUAAGUGUGUGUUAAUGAACAACUGAAAGCUCUCAAGAUCAUUUCAGACCAAACAGAACAGCCAUCAUCGACAAAAGCCCAUUAGAGAGAAGCACGCGAUAAUAUUUAUGAGUUAUCAAAUUUGCAAACAAUUUACAUACGCAA